AUGAAAAAAGCACUGGACUACAGUAAGACGAUAAGAGACAGGAAUGGUUAUUCUGAUGCCAUUUUCCAGCUCCAUUCACUCAGGCGCGGGCCGUCUGGAGCUGAUGUGUCUCUGCUCGGCAUUUAUAGGAGAGAAAAAGGAGGCGGUGUCGCUCAUGGCGCGCGCACACACACACACACACACAGAGUGCUGGAGAAGAAGGCGCUUUAUCACAACGUUCCCCCCAUGAGAGUGAUGGAGCACGGAGACCUGGAUCAAGGCGGGUCUCUAAACUGCGUUCCCUCUCUUAGAGUCACUGCUGCAUUCCACUCCAUUCUUCCUCUCAUGGAGCGUAGCAGGGAAUGGGAUCAGAGAUGGGAAGAGGCAGCAUGCAGCGCUCCGGGGCCGCUCACCAGAAAGACGCAGAGCAGAUGGCGAGCUUUUGUCAGAGCCCCGUCCUUUCAGAAUGCAGGAAAGCCCUCUCUCUCUUCUUCCCUCUCUCUAGCUCUCUCUCUCUCUUCUCCCUCUUGUGUUCUCUCUACCUCUCACGCUCUCCCUUUCUUCUUUUUCUUACUCUCGGACCAGUGCAAAGGUAUGCACUGGGCAGAUGGUGGGAUCACUGAAAGCUAAUUCUUUAAGAAAAGAAAUUGGCUGCUUAGGGGACCAGUACACAUUAGUGAAAAAAGGAACCAGGUCGCUGCUGUACCUUUGUGAAUAGCCCACUUAAGCUACAACAUGCUUCAGCUAAAGAUCGCAAUAAGACCAUGAAGAGCAGAGAAGAAGCGGGAAAAGAAUUUUUGAAAUGGUGAAAAAAUGAGAGCUAAUGAAUGAAAUUGAAUUUCUCUAAAAUUAGUAUCCUCUACUAUUUAUAAUACAUCUUAAUAAUAUUUUAGCAUAUUCAAAAUCUUAGUUAAGCACCCUUUUUAUAGAAAGUGUUACAUCAUCACAGUGUUAUAAGGAUCAGGCUACAGUUUUCUAAACAGUAACAGUAAAAGUAAAUUUACGGAAAUAUUUACUAAAAUGUAUAUUAUUUUAUGCUUCAUGUGUGCAUGAGAUGAGGCAGUCAGUUAAACGCAAUAAAACUGAAUUUUAAUUCAAAGGAAAUAUGUGGGGGAAGAUUUCUAUACUCAUACAUUAAUGAUA